AUGACGAAGACCCGCAGCUAUGGCAUCGUACACUUCUAUGACCUCGUGGAUAUCAAGGACGUCUCGGCCGUGGUGGAGUUCCUCCGCGCAGACCUGCCGGCCUGCAAGCUUCAAGCGAGAGUGAAGGUGGCGAAGGAGGGAGUGAAUGGCUGGAUCACUGGCGUCCUGAGUGACGUCGAGGCCUACUGUGCCCAUCUGCGCAUCGACCUGGGCACCGUCUUCGCACGCACGGACUUCAAGAUCUCUCCUUGCAGCGAGCAGCAACUCUCCAGGGGCGUGAAGGUUUGGGAGAGCGGCAGUGUCUGCAAGCUCCUGGACGAAGCUGAAGCCUACCAGGAGCUGUCCUCGCAAGAUCGCGCGCCACACCUCUCGCCGCAGGAGUGGCACGAGCGACUGGAGCAGGGUGGUGACGACCUGGUGCUCUUCGAUGUCCGCAACUUCUACGAGACCCGCAUCGGGCACUUUGACGUGCCUGCAGCCGGUGAGCAAGGUUGCCGGAUUCCCCGCAUCGACCCGCGGACGUUGUCCUAUGAGCAAGUCCCGGACUUCUUGGCGGAGGCAGAGAACCUGGCGCAAUUUCGAGGCAAGACGGUGAUGAUGUACUGCACGGGUGGCGUGCGCUGCGAGCGAGCCUCUACGCUUCUUCGGUCCACCCUGGGAGGCGACAGCAAGGUCUUCCAGCUGGAGGGCGGCAUACACCGCUACCUGGAAUCGUACCCCUCCGGGGGGUUCUUUCAAGGCUCGAUGUACGUCUUCGACCGCCGGCGCUUUGUUCGAGGGCCCGAUCUUCUGGCGCCCGAGGCAGCCGUGGCCGUGGAAGCUUGCACCACCGUGGUCGGUGAGUGCUGUAUCUUCGCCGUUGUUGGAGAAACGAUGCCGUUUGAAGAGUUUGGUAGGGUCUCAAUACCCGGAUGCUCGGGGAGCAAGCUCUCCGUCAUGAAACGUUCGAACCUGGAAGAACCCGAGCUUGACAAGGGCCAGAGCCCAGAGCCAUACCAAAUACGAGAAGAGCAAUACUAG